AUUGAGACAUAGAAAAUGAGGUUCUGUCAGCUAUUGCUGGGUCCCGCAGGCUCUGGCAAGUCCACCUAUUGUGCUGUGCUACAGAAACAUGCCGAGACCAUCAACCGCACUAUGCACAUAGUGAACCUGGAUCUGGCAGCUGAAGUUUUCUCAUAUGAACCACUUGCUGAUGUUCGAGACCUUAUUCAAGUGGAUGAUGUUAUGCAAACUGACGACUUGAACUUUGGUCCAAAUGGUGGAUUAGUCUUCUGUAUGGAAUACCUCAUACAACCUUGACGGACUUGAUUGGCUUGGUUAGAAACGCAGCUGGGAGACUAUGAUGAAGACUGUAUUUUGUUUGACUGUCCUGGCCAGAUAGAACUGUACACUCACAUGAAUGUCAUGACCAGAUUGAUAGGUCAUCUUCAAUCUAUGGAUUUCCGAGUGUGUGCAGUAUUUGUGUUGGAUUCGGCAUACAUGGUCGAUACUACCAAAUUCCUGUCUGGGAGCAUUGCUGCUCUUGCCACCAUGGUGCAACUUGAAGUUCCUCACAUAAAUGUGCUGACCAAGAUGGACUUGCUGAACAAGGCGGCACAACAACAGCUUGAGAUGUUCCUUGUUCCGGAGGUACGAGAGUUGCUAGACUCAGAACAUGCCACUUCCAAGUUCAAUAAAAAGUAUCACAAGUUGACCCGGGCCCUGGGUAGAGUUCUCGACGAAUAUUCCCUUGUACGUUAUGUUCCUCUCAACAUUAAGAAGGAAGACUCUUUGAUGGAUGUACUUAUUCAGACAGACUUUGCUCUGCAAUAUGGUGAAGAUCAAGAUGUCAGAACAACAGACUUUGAGUAUCCUGACCAAGAUGAUGAUGACGACAGAGGUCCAUCCUUUGCUUACUAAACUUUGGUGCAAGUUCUAAGCCCUUUAUACAACAUGUCAAGUGUGCAAAGAAUUCCUUCGCAUUGAGGCUAGUUCCAGAGCUAAGGGGUACGAGUUAACGAGGGGAGGCUAAAGGAAGCUAAGAUAACACUGAAGGACAAAAGAACCAGUACGAUAAUGUUGAAUAUCACAUCCGUUGUAGUACCCACAAGAUGUUUGAAAUGAAUUAACGGUGUUAACAGAGGUUGUAGUAAAUAAGCUUGAUAUUCAGUUAUACAAGGAGUCAGUUUCAUUUAUUAUUGCAUUCAGUUUCCCAGAAAGUUCUUUUAUAGAUAUGACUUAUUUCCAAAUUUUAACAUACAAGGAAUCAGUUUCAUUUCUUCACACAAGUACUGUUGCAACAACACACAUUAAUACUGGCAAACUUUACUUUCAUUUUGCCAGUGUGCUAAUUACUGUGUAGAAUUGUUUUGUGAAAAAUCUAUUAAAGAAAAAUAAGUUUUAUAAAUUAUUAUUUUAACUCUUUCAGGGUUGAGAUGCCUCAUCCUGAACUCGUUCUCAGGCUCGAAAAAUAUAUAUAUAAAGAAGUA